CUACGACAGUAGUAAUUUAAAUCGUAUCAAGUAGAUCCUGUGUCCCGUAAAAUUUUAUUAAAAAUUAUUGCGUUUAUUGUUUAUUUACAUUAUAUUAAACUCCAAACAUUUUAUGAGUCUAUUUUGUUUAUUUAACAUAUAAAUGCUAUUACUAAAUUAAAAAAAAACCGUAUUGACUUUUUACAAAGUUUAAAUAACAUUUCUUUGUUCUCGUAUCGGAAGCUGCUACAAUGUCUUCAAUGGCAAAUAUUUUAUUUUUCGUGCUAACUUUAUUAUUUCACCAAAGCUUUACUUACAAACCCGUGGUUUUAAUUCACGGGAUCAUGACUGGAAGUGGUAGUAUGGAAAUGAUAAAACGCAGAAUUGAGGAGAAACAUCCCGGUACAAUAGUUUAUAAUGUCAAUAGAUUUGAGAGCUGGUCCAGCUUGGAAACAAUGUGGCAUCAAGUUUUGGAGAUUGGCUUGGAUGUUGCUAAUAUCUCAAGUAAACACCCGGAGGGAAUCAAUCUUAUUGGUUAUUCUCAAGGCGGUCUACUAGCACGGGGCAUUGUUGAAACAUUCUCCAAUGUGUCUGUUAGCACAUUUAUAUCCUUGAGCUCACCGCAAGCUGGUCAAUAUGGAGCUGGAUUCCUCCAUGUUGUAUUCCCUGGACUAGUCAAAGAAUCAGCAUAUGAAUUAUUCUAUUCUAGGGUUGGGCAGCACACGUCAGUCGGCAACUAUUGGAGAGACCCAUACCAUCAAACAUUAUAUGAGUCAUACAGUGUAUACCUGCCUUAUAUAAAUAAUCAUAUCAUGUCUGCGAAAUCAGAAGAUUUCAAAAAUAAUUUGCUCCGAUUAAAGAGACUUGUUCUCAUUGGAGGACCAGACGACCAAGUUAUCACGCCCUGGCAGAGCAGUCAAUUCGGCUACUACGAUGCAAAUGAAACGGUUGUAGAGAUGCGCAAUCAAGAAAUAUACUUAUCAGAUAAGAUUGGACUCAGGACUCUGGACAAGAGCAAGCGGUUGCACAUCGUGACCGUCCCCGGGGUAAACCACUUCAGUUGGCAUAUGAAUGUGAGCAUUGUAGACGAUUACUUGUUACCGUAUUUAGAUUAAAGAUAUUCGAAAUUCGAAGCCAUUCAAGAGGUCAGUUAAAUUUAAAAAAAAAAAACAAACAAUUUUUUUUAAUAAUUUUUUUUAUGUAAUUUAAUUUUGAAAUUGUUUUGUUUUAAAUUUACAAAAUGGAUACUAUAUAUUUUUAAGCUUAGGGUUGUCAAGUUUGUAUUAAAAUUUGGAAGAAAAUUUAAUAAAAAUGAAUUUUACUUAAAUGAAGUAAUGAUUACCACAACAUCAAGAAAGGAAUAUCUUGUAUAUUUCAUGAUUUUUUAAUUUCCAUAAAUUCAUUUACACUCGUGUAUUAAUUGUAUAAUUAAUACAUUAUUAUAUUCCUGAUUUACGGCGUAUUUAAGUCGUUAUCAAUUUUAUUGAAAUACCAAAAAAAAAAUUAAAAUUUGUUACAAAAUGGGAGAAUUACAUAUUUCUGCAAACAUUGACAACCCUAAUAGGGCAACUCGAUUACCAAAAACAUUAGAUAUGUUGAGUUUUAUUACGGAUUAGGGUGUGCCAAAACAAUUCCUAUUAGUUAUAAUUAGUAUAUUGUGCAAUGUUAUAAUUCUCAAUAUAAAUAACACGUAAUAACAAAUUCUUGUGAUAAUAUGUUCAUAAACGCUCAGUAUACCUCGUUAGUGAUCGUUUUAUAAUAAAAUAAUUAUUGAAAUUGGGUAUUUGAAUAAAAAAUAAUGAAUAAGGUUUCGUAUGUAAGUUUCUUUAUUCACCGUGACUCUUAAAAACCUGAACAGAUUUGAAUGUAUGAACUUAUGAAGUAUCAUAACCCUUACUUCAUCCCGAGUGACAAUGAUUAUUGAUUAAUUCGCUUAAUUUUUCAGGGCUGUCACGAUUUCUUUAUUUUAUUGGUAAUUGAUUUUUUGAAAUUUUUUGACAAUGACUGUAACUAAAAUAUAAGAAAUUCAAUCUUGUCUAGUGUUGUUAUGUGUACAAUGUAUAACGUCGUUGUGAAAUUUCAUAUUGUAUCACUAAAAUAAGUUUUGUGAACAUAAAAAAAAAAUUGUCAUAAUAUUAGUGCCAUCAAAUACCCAAUUAUAUUAAAUUAAAUUUUUAAUAAAUAGUUUUAAUUCAUCAGUCAAUAAAUGAUGUACAAAUUAAUAAUAAUAUUAUAUUUAAUUAU